UACUUUACUUUCUAGUUUCCUCCGCCUCACAUGACUCGGAUGUUUUGAAUACAGCCCUGCUCUUUACCAUAACUAUGUGACGUCACUGCGUUGGCGCCAAACACUUCAGACGGAAAGCGUGUGUUCACGUGAGGAUUUCGUCGCUGUUUUACCUUUUUAUUUUUAUAUUUACUGCAUUAGUUUAGUGAAACUAACGCAGUCACUGUAGCUGGCCGCUAAAGCGCUGCGCAACAAGAUGAUUGGUCAGAAAACUAUCAAUUCAUUUUUUUCGCCCGUGUCGAAAAAGCGCAUUUCUAAGGAGUUGAAUGAAACCGAAGAUGAAAAUAAAAACCCGAAGAAGCUGAAAUCGUCAGCGGGGGAUUCAGGCACUUCCAGCCAGUCUGCAGCGCCUCUGUCCGCGGAGCAGCUGGACCAGAUCUCCCGCAACAAGAAAGCGGCGCUGGAGAAACUCGCUUCCGCUCAGACACCGCGAGGUUUCGGGGAGAGUUGGAGGAAAGGACUGUGUGCAGAAUUUGGAAAGCCCUACUUCAAAAAAUUGAUGGCAUUUGUGUCCGACGAGAGGAAAAGCCACACAGUCUAUCCACCUGCUGAUGACGUCUUUACCUGGACACAGAUGUGUGACAUUCAAGAUGUCAAAGUGGUGAUUCUUGGCCAGGAUCCAUAUCAUGGUCCGAAUCAAGCUCACGGUUUGUGCUUCAGUGUCAAAAGACCAGUGCCUCCUCCUCCCAGUUUGGAGAAUAUGUACAAAGAGCUGGUUACAGACAUCGAAGGCUUCCAGCACCCUGGACAUGGAGAUCUGACUGAGUGGGCCAAACAAGGUGUGUUGCUGCUCAACGCCGUGUUGACCGUCAGAGCGCACCAGGCCAACUCCCACAAAAACAACGGCUGGGAGACGUUCACCGACGCUGUGGUGCAGUGGCUCAGCAACAACCAGGAGGGUCUGGUCUUCAUGCUGUGGGGUGCUUAUGCUCAAAAGAAAGGCGCCACGAUUAACAGGAAACGCCACCAUGUGCUUCAGGCUGUGCAUCCCUCUCCCUUGUCUGCUCACCGUGGAUUCUUUGGGUGCAGGCAUUUCUCAAAGGCCAACGAGCUGCUGGAGGAAUCUGGAAAGUCUCCCAUAGACUGGAAGGCAGUUUAAGUUACGAUGAAUAUCAGGUUCUCUAACAUGUAGGAUAAUCAACUACUGAACCAAAACCCACUAACAACCAGUUCAUUAUGUUGUAAAUAUGUUAAUGUUCGUUUAAGCCCCUAAGCUUGGCCAUUAAAGUUUGUUUAUUUGUUUUUACUGACGUGUCGGAUCCAUUGAGUUGGAAGUUGUGUUGAAAACGUCUCUGGAGUUUCUCAUUGCACUAAAAUCUAACAUUUGCUCAUUUCCUGCAAAAUGUUCCUGCCAAAACCAUUAAACUAUCAUGGUUCGAGUUACAA